GACAAGCCAAACCCAUAAGGUAGCACGUGAAAAAGGCUUUUGGAUAUAAAUGUGCUUGAUGGACUUUUCGACUGAAACUGAUUUCUUGUAAACAAACCCAAAGAACAAACAUUCUGGAUUUUGAGUCACUGUAGGUGCGCAUAAGGGCAAUGAACUCCACGAUGCUUCAAUACAAUGCACAAGACAGAUUCAGGGAUGCUUUGAUUAGAAAUGUCAUCGUUGUUAUCUUUGGACUCACAAUUAACUCCAUCAAUGGGGUGUUUGUGUUUACAUUCUUUAGGAGUUCAGUUUUCUACAAUGAUCCAAGAUAUAUUCUAUAUAUUCACUUGGUUAUCAAUGAUAUGCUCAUGGUUUUUGUAAGUGUUUCUCUUUCUGUGAUGGCUUAUGCAUGGCAAAAUGUACCUAUCCCAUUCUGUGUGAUACUACUACUGAUAGUCUCAAAAACUCAUAAGAACACUCUUCUGACUUUGGCUGGCAUGUCCAUUGAGCGUUACAUUGCCAUCUGCAAACCACUGCAUCACCAUCAGAUUUGCACAGUGCGCAGGACGUACAUCCUCAUCUCUCUGAUAUGGAGUGUUGGAGUUUUACCUGGAUUGGCUGACUUUAUUCUCCUUUCAGUUAUUGAUCCUUCUUUCUAUACUAAAGGUACUAUCUGUAUCACAACAAAAUUAUAUAACACACCAGACCAUGAAGAACUUAACAAAUAUAUGACUGGCAUUUAUACAUCUGUUGUGUGCCUAAUACUCAUAUACACAUACUGCCGAGUGCUGAUCACAGCCAGAAGGGCCUCCUCUGAUAAAUCCUCAGCAAAAAAAGCCCAAAGCACCAUCCUGCUACACGGAGCACAGCUUCUGCUCUGUAUGCUGUCCAACAUUACUGUUGCCAUAGAACAGAUGUAUCCUCAAUUGUUACCAGCCGAUCGGUCAAAAUUGGUCUUUGGUAAUUACCUUCUGACUCAUUUAUUACCACGACUGCUCACCCCACUGAUUUAUGGUGUUCGAGAUAAAGUGUUUUAUAAUCACAUGAAAGGCAUUGUUGCAUGUAAAUUAGUUAUUGUAAAGGUUGAAUCAACUAAAUAAUAAGCUAAGAAAAGAAUCCCAAUCUAGUUGGUUGUCAUUUCCUUUAUUCUCUGUUGUAAAACAAUGCAUUUUACCUCUUUGGGAAAGCAUAUGUAUAAUUAGCGCAGUCAUAAUUAUUCGAUAAGACAUUGUAUUUUCAUG